AUGUCAUUACAUAUCUCCCGCACCGUGCUGCGGCAAUCUAUGAAGGCUCCUGGAAGGGCAGCACGAAGAUUUGAAUCUACCUCCACUAAGGCCACCGAAGCAGCCAAAGAUACCGCCGCAAAGGCAUCAGAGAAAGCAUCAGAUUUCCAGUCGAAAGCCAGCGAAGGUCUUUCUCGUGUCACUUCGUCCGCAGGACCUGCUAUCUCGGGUGCUGCCAAAAACCUUGGAAAUGCCUUAGGGAAAAUUGGAGGAAGAACCGGAAGAUUGAUUGCCUUCAUUGAGCGACAAAUCCCACCAACCGUCUACUAUGCUCGUGUUGGAUUAGAGCUCUCCAAAUUAGUUAUUCAAGGUCAAAAGAUGGCACCUCCACCAGCCUCAACAUUUCAAUCAUACUUCCAAAAGAUCGUAAAGGGUGUUAAAUCCGGAAACCCAAGCUCUGCUUUCAAUUCAGCAGCAAACUCCAACAAAGCAACACCUACUGGUUUGCUCGAACAGAUCCGAAAUAUCAGCACAGCUCAGAUGGUCUCGGGUGGUGUUAUAGUUGCUGAGGUUUUGGGAUUCUUCACAGUUGGUGAGAUGAUCGGUAGAAUGAAGUUGGUAGGAUACAGAGGGGACACUGGAGCUCAUCACUGA